CGCAGCCGAGCGAUGGCGUAUUGCCCGAUCUGCCGGCGCAACGACGGGAAGAAGCAUGGCUUCACAGCCGGCCAUGCGCGCAAGGCCGAGGACUUUGUCGCGAGACAGAUGCAGAAGACCAAGGAGCUCCUAGAGCGGGCGAAGACGCCGCCGUUCUGGUGUGUCUUCUGCGAUGCAGACCAAGACGACAUUGCGCAUCUCGCGACCAAGGCCCAUGCCACUGCCGUGCGUGCGUUCUGCAAAACACACCGCUGCGCCUUCGAUCCAAAGCUCGCGGGCAGUCCGUCGCCCCUACCAGAAGAGCCCGCGCCCAGCGAGCCCGUCGCAGCAGGCGUGGCUACGAAACCGGACGCCGCGCGCCGCGCCGACAUCCAAGCUGCGUUCUUGGACUCGGUGGCAACGCGGCUGCACGAACGCUCGGGCGGCGUUGCUGUCGUCGCGCCUCGACCGCCGUCGGCGUUUCCCAACGUCACGUCUCCACUUGGCGUGGUCCAGAAUCCCAGCGGUGUCGACGCCGAGACUGGCGACCGCGUCUGGGGCGGCGGCAUCGUCAAGGUGGCCAAGAAGGCCUUCACACCGUGGGCCAUCGAUGCGCUCGUGCAGCAGCUGCUUCGCCUGCACGUUCAACCAACGACGACGACGGCACCUGACGCGCCUCGCGUCACCGACAUGGCGCACGGCCACGGCCUGAGCUCGAUCCGACGCGCGUGGGCGUCCAAGCCGCUCCACAACGUACACUCGGGCGCCGUGCCGCCGUGGCUGGUAUCGUCUACGGAAGAGUACUACCGCCGCAAUACUCGGACGCCUUCCGCAUCCGCACCACCAGCCUCAUCCAGCUGGCUGCCCAAGUUUGGAGGUGUCUGGGAAGCUGGCCCGCGGAGCAUGACCAAGCGUGCGUUCUCGGCCCCGCUGUCCUCUCUGUCAACAAGCGUGGCGGUCGAGACGGCGGCUUCCACACCACAUGACGCUGCUCCAGCCGCACGAAGGGAGAGUGACCACGGCGGCGUCUCCUCGAUGGAAGCCAAGGCCAUGGCGCUCGCAACGCAAAAGCAAGAUUUACGGGCCAAGUUGCGGGCCAAGAAGCUGGCCACUGGUACGACUGGCUAA